AUGUCCGACACCCCCAUUCCUAUUACAACGCAGCAAGCUCAAUCCGGCAUAUCCCGCGACCUGCGCAACAACAUCUACUCGGCGCUCCUCUCCGGCCCCGGCAUCCGCAACAUCGAAGCGACGCUCGACGAGUCGCUGCGCUCCUCGGGCUUCAAAGACGCCCUUCGAGCCUACAUUACCGAGCUGUUCCGCUCUGGCCAAGCCACCACUUGCGAGGAGGCCCGCAACCUCGCUAUGCAGCGUAUCCGCGAGCAGACGCGAGAUCUCGACUCGAAGCGCCGCACCAACGCACUCGCAGACGACGCAGCCAACGGCCUCGCCAACGGCACCGCCCCCGACACCGAAGACGCCCUCGACUUUGACCUCAAGAUCCCAAAAUCCGCCAUCGAUGCCGGCGCAAAAACCGUCAUGAAGGAGCUCGAAAAAGUAUGCGAAAUCACCUAUGAGGACGACAAGUGAACUUCGCCUGGCCCAGGCCUCUGCUCCUCCAUCUUCCCUCCCGCCAAGACCCGGCCCACUUAGACCGUAUCUGCCACACACACACACACAUAGUCAGACACACAAAGGCCAGACUCGGAUGCCCACGCCUCCAAUCACAAUCCACCGCCAUGGGUUCCAUGUGUAUACACAC